UUUCAGCUAAUUCUUCUUUACUUUGCGGUCGAGCUCAAGCCAUUGCUGCUCAUUGCUUUCCGACGGGGAACGGGAGGCUUGUUUUGUGAUUGAAUCGUGGAUUUUGUCUCGUAAUCCCGCGCAAAACAAAAGUCCUGUAUCGAGACCUUCUCACCCGAGGAAUCCAUUCGGCUGCAAGGACAUUGUCGCCCAUCAACUCGAAGAUUUACCCGCACAGGAGCCGCCAAGCAACAACACACACACACACACACCAAGAGACGACAAAAAAAGGCAUGAGCAUCGCCUGGACGGAAAAGCAGUUUGAACGCUCAAUGCUCCCCAUUGCGGCUGUGGCAGCCUCACCAGCACAGCAACCUCGCUGCGGAGGGGCAGCUCGCAUGCGCCAAAUAUUCGCGUCGGCUAUGAGUGGCAUGGAGACACUGCAAACGACAAGAUCGCACCAGGAACCACAACAGGCGGCGGUGAUUUUCCCGCCUCGGCUCAACUUGAACGCUCCGGCUGCAAGCUACUAUUCCAACAACUCGGCGGCCAUUGCAUCGGCGCCAGGACUGUCGUCGGCAAUAUUGCGCGACUUUUUCUUGAAUGCAGAGCUUGGACGCGACUCGCCGACCCCUUCGGCUCAAAUCGAGGCAUCCAUGACCCUUGAUAGGACUUGGGCACAAGCUGCGCUCACGCAAUCCGAACCGCGCUCGCGUCCAAGGCCUGCACAAACAGAGACGAACAACUUUUCUGCGAUAUUGAGUCAACAGCAACAAUACCAACCGCAGCAGCGGCAACAACAACAAUUACAACAAGAAGAAGAAGUGCCCUUCUUGAUGGAGCAAGAGGACGAUCUUGUUGACCAUCCGCCUGUGGUUCAACCUUCGCAAGCCUCUCUGGACUUGGACGCCCUCUUGCUCGACAUCAUCAUUCCAGAAGCUUCAUACAACACUAUCAAUCACGUGGAUGGCCAAUCACAAGCCUUACCAUUGUUGGAGCACGACAGGCAAGAAAUCGAACUGUGGAAUGCGAAUGACAAUCACGGCGAAACGCUGCUUCCUGCCGCAGAGCUUCCAGACUUGAUGACCACACUGGCAACCGCUAGUCAGCUGUCAGAGGUGAAUUCGAGCAACCGCACGUAUGUUCCAGAAGGACCCCUAUGCAGGCGUUGUUCGGCGGCAUCCGAGGCAGAGUCUAUCGCCUCCGCCAUGCUGGCCAGCGCCUUGUUUGCCAGUGCCAACGCCAAUCUUGAGUUGCACAUGGGCGAAAACGUGCCUGUCCUGGCCAAACCGGCAUGCAAGCCACGCCGUCGGACAGGGCGUCGGCGACAUGUCAACAAGAAGAAGCGCACGCGCGCGUGCCAAAUGUGCCACACAAAGAAAGUGCCUCAGUGGCGCAAGGGCCCCGAUGGCACAGCUUCGUUGUGCAACGCGUGCGGCUUGCGCUGGCAAAAGCAAGUCCGCAUGUCCAUGCAGGAAACAAUGCAGCCUCUCGGUGACGGGACGACCGCUGUCCUGUUUGAUGAUUGUUUGGACGAAGAGGCAGACGACGCUGCAGAAGUCGGCAAUGUGGCUUGUCAGAGUACACACGAGCAACAGCACAUGCCGAGCGAGGAGAACGACUCGGAGGAAGAAGACUGUGAUGCGCUGGGUGACGAUGAGCGGGAGUUUGAGUUUUGAGCAACGAGAUCUGG